AUGGAACUUAUAGAAGCUCAAAGAGCAGCAUUAGAAGAGUUAGAUUUAAUAGAAUACAAUAUUGCACAAAGACUUAGUAGAUUUCCAUAUUUAUUAAAUGGUCAAUCUGAUAGUAAAAUCACUAAUAAAUUAAAAUUGUUGCAACAACAUGAAUUGAAAUUUUUCAUUAAUCAUUAUAACCAAACUUUAAAAUCAUUACAAGAUUGUAUAAACAAAGAGUCAUCAAUUUUUAAUUUGGAAUUUGAUCUGCUACAAGAUAAAGAUAAUGAUUAUACUCAAUUUGAUAAAUUAAUUAUGAAAAUUCCAAUUGAAAAUGAAAUCAAUUCAAAUUUAUCAGCAUUAUAUCAACCUUAUUCAUCAAAUAAAGAUAUAACUAAAUAUAAAAUUGGUAAAAAAAAUGGGUCUGAAAAAACUCUUGUUAAAAGAAAGUAUUUAUUAAGUUCAAUAUCAUCGCAUCUUUAUUCAGAACUUGAUGAUGAGUUUGAAUAUUUGGAUUUAAAACCAUUUUAUGACCGAUAUGUAUCAAUUACAAAACGGGAAAUGUCUUUUAUUGAAUACUUGUACAACUUCUAUGAUAACUCACAAUUUGAAAUUGAGAAUAAAGUAAAUUAUUUGAAUUAUUUAAAGGAUUUAUCAGAGUAUCUUGUUGAACGUUUGAAAGUUUUACAACCCUUGAAAAACACUAAAGAAGUAUUGAAGUCUUUUCAAACUAACUAUAGUGGAAGUAAUACCAAUGGACAACAGAAUGAAAAAGGUGAAGUUUUUUGUAAAGCUUGUAAUAAAUGGUUUACUAAGAGUUCAGUUUAUCAAGGUCAUCUACAAGGUAAAAAACAUAUGAAAAAUUUACAGGAUCAAAAUAGUAAACCAGAAUAUUAUGAAAGUUUGAUAUCUUGUUUGACAAAGGAACUAAAAACAAACAUUGAAUUUACCAUAUCACAUUACGAAAAAUCUAAAAAUCAAUCAGAAAGAGAAAAAGCAUUAGAAAUUGAACUGCAAAAAGCAAUAGAGGAAGAAUUUACAUCAAUUGAGGAUGAUUCUGAUUCAGAAGAAGUUUACGAAUCUGAUGAUGAUGAUGAUAAUUUUAAACAUUUACCACUUGGUAAUGAUGGUACUCCUAUACCAUUUUGGUUAUAUAAAUUACAAGGAUUAAAUAAAGUUUAUAAUUGUGAAGUUUGUGGUAACAUGAAUUAUAGAGGUAUGAAAAAUUUUGAAAUGCAUUUCAAUUUACCAAAACAUCAAAAUGGUCUUAAAUUACUUGGAGUAAAAGAUGAAUAUAUUCAUCUUUUUAAAAAUAUAAGUGAAAUUGAAGAAGUUGAAGGGUUAUGGAGUAAAAUUUCAAAAGAUAAUAAAACCAAGAAAUUUAAACAAGAAAGUAUAGUUGAAGUUGAAGAUAAAGAUGGUAACGUUAUGAGUGAAAAGGAUUAUAUAGAUUUAAAAAAACAAGGAUUAAUUUGA